CGGCCCUUAUUGGCUGACGCAAGUGGCAGCCGUUAUGGAUCGCUCCAAAUCGAGGGGCGGACGUACGCGCCACCUCAUCCAUCCGAGCCAUUCCUCCUUCGACCUCGCCGAGAUCAAGCAAGCAACUGCCGAAGCUAGACAUCAUCAUGGUCAUGGGCAUCUUCUCCGCCGGCAUGGGCGCCACCAAAGCGCUUCUGAGCUUCUACGGAUCGCUGUUGCACUACUGGGUGCGUCGUGGCAGCUACGCCGACUGUCCGUUCUUCUCGGAUGACCUGCACGCCAAAACGUACGUGUACUCGAUCGCGCUGCUGAACCCUCUGUGGAGCCAGCCGCACUACCGUCACCCGAGCUUCUACAAGGAUCUGGUCACCAACCUGCGCAAUGUGGCCAUCCCAGGAACGGGUGUGCCGCUCUCAAUCGUGAGCUACUCGCGUCUCAUCCUCUUCCCGUUCCUACUCUUCGUUUACCCGUGGCUGUGUGCCAUCGGUGCCUUCUUCGAGCUGCCCAAGGAGUACUCAAGCAAGCAGGGCGGUAUCAUUGAGCGCUUCUUGCGCACCUUCACGCAGAUCUUCGUGUGCCCGCAGAACUGGUUUGCCUUCUGGCGUAUCAACUGCCACGUCGUGAGUCUGCACAGCCUCAAGACCAACUCGCCUGGAUACAUCAUGGAGAACAAGUGGGACUUUCUCAUCGAGUCCGAGAAGAACGGCAUUGCCGUAUCACCUUACCUCAAGACGCCCGGCUCGCUGGUUGUCAAGGACCGCAACGAGGAGGGUGGCAUGGGCAUCUUCAUCUUCAAGAACGCUGUGGACGGCGGGGACUGGAUCAUUCAGGAGAAGCUUGACAACUCGCCGUUCCUCAAGAAGCUGCUGCCGGAGGUCUCUCCUCUUUCGACUUUCCGCAUCAUCACAGCCUCUCGUCACGGUCUGGGUGAGGCCGAGGCGCUCAAGGACGGCGGUAACGGCGUCAAGUCGCUCAGCUGCGUGUUCCGCGCCGGUCUGGCGGGUGCCUCGACGGACCACAAGUCCAUCAUGUUUGACGUGGACAUGGAGUCGGGCAAGAUCAUGAAGGGCUCCACCACGACCCACUGGUACCGCGUUGGCCCGCACCACAUGUUCCGCGGCAACCUCAGCGUUGGCCACGACAUCACCAACCACCCGGACACGGGAGUCCCUAUUACGGGUAAUGUGAUCGCGGAUAUCAAGCAGAUGAAGGAGCUCGCGGAGGAGGCUCACUACAAGCUCAUGAAGGACGUGCCGCUGUGCGGUUGGGACGUGGCUAUCACCAACCUGGGCGUGCUUCUGCUGGAGGUUAACAUCUCGUGCAACUUCUUCCGUGGCACCUUCGACCAGCCCUGGUACUUCCAGUUCCUGGACGACUACUUCCGCCACCUCGAGACGCUGCCCACUCCCGCGAAGAAGACCAACUAAGUUGACUAGCGUGAGUUUAUGGCACCGAGUGCUUUCUCCGUAUUGCGCGUGCUGUUUGGUGGUUGAGGAUGUAGCGAAAGUGCUUUAACAAGUUUAACUGCCAUCUUGAUAAAGAAUCUUCAGUGUAUCAUUCCUGUGCAUUGCC